AUGGACACCACCAAAAGGAAAAGAAAGAAGAAGUUAGAAAUAGCAUGUGUAUAUUGUAGAAGAUCACAUAUGAUAUGUGAUGAAUCAAGACCUUGUCAAAGAUGUAUUAAAAGAGGUAUCCUGCAUUUAUGUUAUGAUGAACCAUCAAAUUCAAGACAACGAAAGAAAGCAGCAUCAUUGAGAAAAGAUGUUGAAGAAAAGACGGAAGAACAACCACCACAGCAACCACCACAACCACUACCAACAGUACCUCCACAACAAGUACCACCCCCUCAACAUAGACCCACCAAAUCUGUAUUAUCUCAAACUCUAGCUUACAAUCAAGAACCAUUAUUUUAUUCAGAACAUGCAGGUAGUGAAUUUAGUUCAUUAAAUGAUUUCCUAUCUAUGAUAGAUGAUCCUGAAUUAGUUAAUGGAGCAUUAAAUAAUGAAGAAAGUCAAAUGUUUUGGGCUCCUGCAUUUUCACCAAAUAAUAUUUUUAGUCAAACUUUUGAAGAAGUACCUCAACCUGUAGAAGAACAACCAAACCCACAACCUCAACCUCAACCACAGCAACCACCACCACCUGAAGAACAACCAGUAAUUUCAGAUUCAGCUAGAGACAAAUUCUUCUUAACUGCUGCUGAUCCUACUACAGAAAUCUCCCCAGAAGAAAGAUUAAAACAAGUUAUUAAAGCAAAAUUAGAAGCUGGAUUAUUACAACCUUAUAAUUAUGCAAAAGGUUAUGCAAGAUUACAAAGAUAUAUGGAUAAUUAUAUGAAUAUUUCAAGUCGUCAAAGAAUUUUAAAACCUUUAAGUAUAUUUAGACCUGCAUUUAGAGCAAUUGCAAGAACUUUAAAAGAUGUCGAUUUAGUUUUAGUUGAAGAAAGUUUUGAAAGAAUGUUAUUAGAUUAUGAUAGAGUUUUUACGUCAAUGGCUAUUCCUGCAUGUUUAUGGAGAAGAACUGGUGAAAUUUAUAGAGGUAAUAAAGAAUUUGCAUCAUUAGUUGGAGUUACAACUGAUGAUUUAAAAGAUGGUAAAUUAGCAAUUUAUGAAUUAAUGAGUGAAGAAAGUGCAGUAAAUUUUUGGGAAAAAUAUGGAGCUAUAGCAUUUGAUAAGGGUCAGAAGGCAGUUUUGACAAGUUGUAAUUUGAGGACUAAAGAUGGGAUAAAGAGGAAAAGUUGUUGUUUUAGUUUUACAAUACGGAGAGAUAGAUAUAAUAUUCCAAGUUGUAUAGUGGGUAAUUUUAUUCCUAUAGAUCCGUGA